AUAUUCCGUAACCAAUGUUUAAUGGAUAAGGACGUCACCGAUUGAGUUGAAUCCGAAGAACAUUCGCCCAAAUUUUCAGAACUCAACAAUUCAACGCGAUAUUUGGGUUUAACCUUUGAUGCUGCUGUGUUCUGAUUGCUGGCACGUCCCAAUUGGAAAAAAUGGAAGGAAAGAGGUGAAAUGAUUUACAAACUCCUCAUUAGGUGCUGCUUUUCGUUGGUUCGAUUACGCUUUACGACUUCAAAUUCCAUACAGAUUCGAAGAAAUUGAAGAUAGAUAAUGCUAAAGUCUGUUCAUUUGUUCGGUUGCUCAUCUGGGUUUGUUUCAAAUCUUCUGAAACCCAAUAGCAUUGUUGGAUUCAGUCUUACUUCCAUCUCUUCUAAACGGUUGUCAGCGUCGUCUUCAUUAUCUUGUUCUUCUUCAAUAUUGUCAUGUUCUAGCUCCGCUUCCCUGUUCUUGGCUCCUCGAACUGGUUCUUUCAAAGCAUUUUGUGGGUCUACAUGUUCUGAGGCAAAUCAAGAAGGCACUUCCUCGUCUCCUUUGUCUAUGUCAGAAUCUCCUCCGCCAUCAUCUUCAACUGUAGUUCACUCUUCUUCUCUUAUGCAGGAAAAAAUUCGUAAUAUACGGUUCUGUCAGUGGUGUGGAGGUCAAACAAAGCAUGGAAUACCUGAUGGAGAGGAGAAAUUGAGAGCUAUUUGCACAGUUUGUGGGAGGAUAACGUAUCAAAAUCCGAAGAUGGUGGUGGGUUGUUUGAUUCAUCACGAAAACAAGGUCUUACUUUGUAGGAGGAAGAUCGAGCCUUCUUAUGGCCUUUGGACUCUUCCAGCUGGUUACUUGGAAAUUGGGGAGUCAGCAGCUGAUGGUGCAAUUAGGGAAACCUUGGAAGAAGCAAAUGCAGAAGUGGAAGUUACAUCCCCUUUUGCUCAGUUAGACAUCCCUCUAAUUGGCCAAACGUAUAUAAUUUUCGUGGGAAAGUUGAAGAAACCCCAUUUCUCUCCUGGUCCUGAAUCCCUUGAGUGCCGCCUUUUUCCUCUUGACGAUAUACCUUUUGAUUCUCUUGCAUUUUCAUCCAUGCUGGUUACCUUAAGACUGAGAGAACAUGAAGAACGCAAGCAGGCAAUUCAAAAGGGAAAGCACAGGCCAAAAGAAGCCAAAAAAGCUAGCAAAACCUAGGAGAACAAAAUGCAGAACAGGCUCCAAUUUAAAAGAAUGCGAGAUAAAGUAUUAUGUAAAACAUAAAGCUAUACCUUGGUUAAUCUUUGUUCAUUAUUCAACUCUCUGUCAUGAGAUGUAUGGAAUUUUGCUUAUUCAUACACCAAUCGUUUGCCUAAUAUUAAAUGUUCUUCUAUUUCUCUCUAGUCAAAUACUACAAGGAUGACCCCAGCACAUUUUGAACCUUGUUAUCAUAAAAAGGUGUAGGCCCCAAGAAAAUCUAAACAUUUGUUGAAACGAGGCCCAAGUUUCAUUCCAAAAGGACAAUGUAAAUAAUAGACACCAAUUUCUUAACAACCUGACAUCUUGAGUGGUUACUGAGUGGCCUUAACUUUUCUAC